UUUUCAAGUUUCAGCCCCCACUUUCAGUUUUAAGCCUUCUUUCAGCGUCGUGGUUUCAGUGGUUUCAGUCAGCACCGGCAGCAGCUGCUCCCACUGCAGCACUGCGUGCGCCGCUCACAAAGGUUCUCUGCUGCGACAAGAUGGCAGCCGGUGACCACGGUCCCAUAGGAACUGUCUUCCGCCGUAUGGUUGGUUUCUCCGCUGCUCUGGACUGGAGGCCACUGCUCUUCGUAGAGCCCGCCAUUGCGGACAGAGCCUGCACCCUGUGCGGUGUGGUGUGCAGGAAAGCAGUCAGGUUGAGCUGUGCCCACACCUUGUGCUCGGACUGCCACGCAGAGUGUGUCGAGCAAGGAGGCACCUGUCCACUCGAUCAGGAGCCUUUCUGCGAGGACGACCUGGAUCGGCUGGAGUGCUCUGCAGGAUACCUUGGAAAGCGCAGGGUGGCCUGCUGGAACGCACCCAGCGGCUGUGGUUUCGUCGGCCCCGUCUCGAGUGUGCUGGAUCACUUCGGGCAGUGCACCUUCCACACCGUGUCCUGCCCCCAGUGUCACUCCGCCGUGGCACGAAGCAGCGUCGUGAGACACUGCAGGGAUGGCUGCAGCUCAUGUCCAGUCGCCAACAACCACCUCCACCUUGAACGUGACAGUAUCGAGCGGGCACGCGACGAACUUAAAGAAGCCAUGGAAAAGAUCUCCGAAGACCUCACGUUUUUGCAGAGCGGGCUGAACCAGUGCUGCGAGGACAUCCGAGCAACCAGGGCAACAGACGCAAGCCGCAGCCGGCUGCUGGAAGGUCUGACCUUCAGGCUUGUCGAUCUCAACGCACUCUGUAUCGCUGGCUUCGCCGAAGAACAGAGGGCCCUUCGAAACGUCGCAGCGGACGUGAACACCGCCAUCACAACAGUCAGCAGCGGCAGAGAGCUCGUGGUAAAGGAACUGUGUGCGCAGAGAGACCGGCUGAUUGAAGUCAUGGAAGGGGUGUCCCACAAGCUGGUUCUUUUUUGUGGGCCCACGACGUACCACUGGUAUGUCACCGACUGGACGGUCAUGAAGGCGACGGCCCACGAAGGUCGCACCGCGUUCGCCCAGAGUGCCACGUGGAACGCCUUUGGCUACAGCGUUGGUCUCCAUUUACAGCUUGUGAAGGACAAAAACCAGAUGACUGUUGUCAACUGUUACUUCAGAAUCUAUCCCGGCGGCAGAGACUCGGAGCUCGAAUGGCCCUUCAGGAAGUGUUUUGAAUUUGGAAUUAUUCAUCCCCAAAACGGGUCGAACGUUCUUUCCCACAAGAUAAAUGCAGAUUUGCACAAGAAGAGUUCUUUUCAGAGGCCAAAAGGAAAAAUGAAUUUGGGGUUCGGAGCAGCCCCCAUGUGCUCGGCGGAUAAACUUGACGCUAAAGGAUUUGUUAGCGCCAACACACUGCACAUGUACUUGCGGAUUGAGCCAUAGCCUGCUCGUGCAUUUGCAUAAUGUAGUGGAAGGCGGCCAUACUGUUUGCACAUUUUUGUGCACACAUUAUUUUAGAGAAUGUUUGUGGAAAGAUUUAAGGACAAUGCUUUGCAUAAGUGCAUCUUUGUAUAAUUUCUGAAUGUGCAAGAACUGCAUGCUCUGUCGAAACAAUGUUCAAAGGCAAAUAAAAAGAUGACUCGGUGUAAGAACGUUCAAAGCUAUACUAGCUGCCUGUAUGCCCCGGUAAUGUUUUGAUCGGUGAAAUUAAUCAGAAUGUGUACAGACUCUGCAUGCCUUCGAGGUGUUUAUCAAUGAAUAGAAAGGAAACUGACUUUUUUUUUCUCCCCAUA